AUGAAGAACCUUUAUGACGAUCUUUUCAAGAGCGCACACCCGUUGUGGAACGACGUGGCACAAGACGAAAUUCUCAUCCGAUUCGAGCUCGGUCUCAAUGAUGAAAAGGUGGACCAGGCCUCGCCUGACCGAUACAAGAGGGCACUAUGGGUCAGCUUCAACAGUGUCUUGAAUCGACCAUGGUGGAGCCGAAUAUGGAUUGUGCAAGAGGUUUUCCUGGCCCCAAGGAGUGAGGGAGGUGGCCGCAAGGUCCAGUUCAGGCUUGGUGAUAGUCCACUGGAUUGGCAAGACACAUUGCAUACUAAGACAAUACUACCCGGUUACGGUCCUCUCUCUGUUAGCAAAGUCUGUCGCUCGUGGUACGCACUUAUCGACAUGGACGGAAAGUUCUCGGAUCCAGACAUUGACACUCUGAUUGAACAUACGUCUCAUUUUUGCGCUUCCGAUCCCCGGGAUAAACUUUUCGCUUUACUCCAACUGGCCUCAGAUACUAGAGCAUGCAUGCACGACCCUUUAAUCAUGCCUGACUACACCAAGUCUCUGGAAGUUGUCAUAGAUGACUUGGUACGAUGGAAACCGAGUUUAAGUAAAGACGUCCUUCAAUCUUGGGUUGAAGGAACAUGA